AUGGCUUUUUCUCAAGAAACCGGAGGGGCAUGGAGCAUCAUGGAAGAUGUCUUGUUGUGUGAGUGUUGGAUCCAAAUUAGUCAUGAUCCCAUAUCGGGUAAUGAGAUGAAAUUCAGUCAAAGGUGGAAAAAAAUUCUUCACAAAUUUGUUGAAAGAUCGGGUUCCACCCGUACGGAAAGCGCAUUGUCAAGUCGGUGGAAACUUCUCAACAAAGAGUUGGGGAAAUGGAGAGAUGCCCUCACAAAAGCGAUGAAUAACCAUGCAAGCGGGGAAAAUCUAAGCGAUGAGAUUGUGCAAGCUCAAAUGUUCUAUGGUGCUACUGGACUAGGGAAAAAAAGUUUCACCCAUACCCAAUGUUGGGAGGUGGUGAAGCAUUGUAAAAGAUUUAGCAUUAUUCCAACGGUGGUGUUAAACGAGACGCCACUUCAUGAUUCACAAGCUUCGGAUUCGCCUAUGGAAUCCCCUAUGAGUGAAGACUUACCCAUUCAAAAGGAGCCGAGGCCUAUGGGGGAGGAAGGCGGCAAAGGCAAAGAGAGGAACAAGAAAGUCCAAGAAGAUGAUAAGGCAAUGGCAAUAGAAUUUGCUAAAGAAAGGGAGUAUGUACGCAAAGAAAGGGAGUAUCGACGCAAAGAAAAUGAAGAAAGGAAGGAUCGGGAAACCAUGGCCAUGGAUACAAGCCACAUGUCUCCUGAAACAAAACAAUAUUGGAAGCUAGAACGAAAGGCUAUUAUGAGACGAAAACUUUUUCGUGAUGAUGGACCUAGCAAUACGGAUUGGUUAAAUGAUGAAAACCCUUAA